GCAUGAGAUACAUUUAGUAAGAUGCAGUCGAGCCGUAUAAAUGGGCUUGUUAUGUUAAUUUAAUUACCUUGUUAAGUUUGUCAGGAUUUAAUUUGAGCUAAUAUAUCGCACGCGCCUCUGCUUUGAGUUGUGCAUGAGUGCGGCGUCUCCCUUGAGCCGCUUGGGGCCUCUGCGGCUUGAGCUUGGCCAGCUGUUGGCCGGUGGCCCGGGGAGGGGGUCUCGGCAGUGACGCGAUGCGCCCUCAGAGUCGGAGCCGCCUUUAAAUAGCCCUGGGGGAGCUGCGCAACGCACACACCGAGAGCUCGGAGCACGCGCCUCGCGGGAGCAACUCCAGGCAACGCGUCCGUGCAAGCUCGGGGAGAGGUACAAAGGUUGCCGCGGAGGAGCAGCGGACGCCAGACGACCUUGCCCGACUCACGAAAGGUCGUCCUCUCUUCUGUAGGAGCGACAUCGGAGGACAUCGGAGGAGCACCUUAAAGCAUCCUCGUCUGCAGGGCUGGAGAACGCGACCCGGGAACUUGUUGGGUGACUCCGUCUUAAAGACGCCAUCUGGAGAAGCUCCGCCUUAGACUCAAGUUCAUUUCGUUUAACGGGGUGAGGACAAAGAGCCCAGAGGGGACAUCGACUGGAAAGGGGUCACUCGUAGGCCGACGUUCUUGAGUGGGACCGCCUGCACGAGCUGCACCUCGAGACCGCGUCUCCUGGAGCUGCUGUCGUCUCCUCUGGAGCUGCUGUCGUCUCCUCUGGAGCUGCUGUCUCUCUGCAUCUCGUUACCACCGCCAGCAGCAGCAGACACGGAGAGAGCGAGCGCCGGCGACAUGGACGCGGUGAACGGAACGCGCCUCUCGGCACACUUCUCCGGGCCGGGCGCCGCACCGGACAUGCAGGGCCUCUCAUCGGCCACCGCCACCUCCGCCACCGACAACCAGCCCAAGACGCUCUACAUCCUCAUCCUCGUCUCCUUCUACGGCUUCUUCCUGCUGCUCGUGCUGCUCGGCUACCUGCGCACCAAGAAGCCGCUGAGCUCCCAGGACCCGUUCCACCUCUACGUGCAGCGCGAGUGGCUGGCGCCCGCGCGGCCCGCCGCCGCCGCGGCCGCCGGGAGGCCGUCGUCGUCGGCGGCGACGACGACGGGGGAGCCGGCGCGCUGCCCCAGCGCCUCCUCUUCCGGCUCCUCGGCCUCCGCCUCCUCGAGGGUCACGGCGGCCGCGUCGGGGCCGUCAGGGGUGCCCGAGAUCCGCGUGGAGGCGCCGACCGGCGAGGGGAAGCUGCGGCCGCUGUGCCUGGCCGAGCGGCGCAUGGGCAUCGCGGCCGUGUAGGGAGGGCGCCCCGCACGAGCGACGUCCGUCGCACCCCACGUCGGCGACGGCCACGGCGCCCGCGGGGCCCGCGGGGCUCACGGGGCCCGCAGGGCCCGGCGUUCAGGCCGAGAGAUACGGAGCGGCGUCGCUCUGCCGGGCGGCAGCUGUGGUGAUGGGCCCAGCUCCUAACCUCCAGCCCCUUGCCCAUCCACAGUUUCCACACGCGACGUUAUGUUGCGCCCAUCAGGAAGGCCACGCGGGGUUGGUGUUAACCAUCGCCGUCGUCCGCUGUGAAGUGGAUGUUGAAGACACCGCAGCGUCACAUCCCUGCGGUGUCUUCAGACAUGGGGGAGACCCAGCCACGGUCAAACCACUGCUGGGUGACGGCCGCUCUCGGUCACUGGUCAUCCACCUUUAGCACCUCCACGUGAACUGAUGUAAUCAGGUAUGUUCAACGUAAUUGCGUUGGUAAAAACAAAUAUAAUCAUCAAGGUCCUCGUAACUAUUGCAGAGACUUGGGUUAUAGAAAUGAACGUGAACAAUUUAAAAUUACUGUUUAAUACCAACUGUGCGUUCAUAUUGAAUCAAUGGCCAUGUCAUUUUGUCUGUUGCUCAGAUAAUGCUGAAACUUGCUUGGGCAUGACGCCGAUGCCAACGCACACCGAUGGCUUCAAAUCGCCACUGCACGGGAAAUUAUCCCAACACUGCCCUCUGUUGUUUACAAGACGUGGCGUACCCACGCUUUAACCCGCCAGCAAGAGACCUCGCAAGAGACUUCAUGAUUUUGUUCAUUUUACUGUUGGGUGGACAGCAAAAUCGAUGGACCAACGAUCAUCUGAUUAUAUAUAUAAAAAAUAUCCUGCCCAAAAUGUCAAGUGCCUUGUUUUGGAAUUGAACCCAUACCCUUGAGUUCAUGAUCUCAAUAUGUUGCUGCCUCCUACAACACAAACCAAGACAGAGAACAGAAACCUCCACGUAGCACAGCAACAAAAUUCAAGAAGUGAGUUUUGAUUUAAUAAACAUGGGGUUUAGUGGUGGCACAGUAGUGAGCAGAUUGUAUUAUGGGCUUGUCUACCUAAAUUAAACUGAUGUUCACAGCUUAAAUUCUUAUUUUUAAAACAAAAUCACUUGAUAACAAAUGUAUAUUCAUAAUAAUUGUUAGGCUUUGUUAGCUCAUGGCUGGAUGAAGGCCCUCCCACGCCCUGUAUGUCAUGGAGGUAUUUGACCAGACAUACUUCACCACGCUCAUCAGUGUGGAUUGGUGAAGGGGUGUUCCCAAUACCGCCUCGGAUGUAAUUUUCCACCGAUGUCAGCCGUGGAGGGGAAUUGAAGUCAU